UUGCUUUUGGUUUCUAUAAUGGCUCGGUUGCUAUUCUCCCUUUCUUUGCUUCUGCCAGCAGCUUUGUUCAUGAAAAUGGUGAUGGUUACUAGCUUUGAUGAGACUGUUCUACACCAUAAGGUGGACCCGGAUCCGGAUCGUGAGAAGUACAUUUGGAAUCCCUUUCCGGGCCUUUGUGGCGAGAAUGCCACUGUGAAGAGAUGUGCUGGCGUUUGUCCCGAAACCUGUGCCUUUAAAUCCCAGAAAUGUGUGAGCUUCUGUGGCGUAAAUUGUGUGUGCAAGCCUGGCUAUGUCUUUGAGGAGAACCUUGAGCUGUGCAUCUUGCGUACAGAGUGUCCCAAAGGCCUCAGGCAGCAAGUUGUGGAAACCCAUCGUGUGUUUCAAUAGAAGCUUUAAUCUUUGAAUUAACCUCAAGGAGAAGAUUUAUAAACAUAUAAAUAUGCAUUUUUAAACCUUA